AUGGCGCCUAACUCCCGCUUAAUACUCACCCGCCACGCUCAAGCCGAGCACAACGUCGACCUGGACUACACCAUCCCCGACGCCCCCCUCACCCCCCUCGGCAAAAAACAAGCCGCCUCCCUCCCCCGCCUCACCCCCACCCUCCAAGCCUCCGCCGACGUGAUCCUCUCGUCCCCGCUGAAGCGCACCCUGCAAACGACCUACCUCGGCUGGGCGCCCGCCAUCGCGCGCCUCGGCGGCCUCAAAGCCGUCGUCGUCGUCCCCGCCGCGCAGGAGUGCAACGACCUGCCCUGCGACACCGGGUCCGCGCGCUCCGCCCUCGAGGCCGAGGAGGAGUUCGCGCGGUUUGACCUGGCGCCGCUGACGCCCGAGUGGAACAGCAAGGAGGGCUUCUACGCCGCGAGCGAGGAGGCGCUGGAGGAGCGCGCGGCGUUCGUGAGAAGGCUGCUGCGGGACCGGCCCGAGAAGAAUGUCGUGCUGGUCGCGCACGGCGAUAUUCUGAGGCGCAUUACGAGACACCCGGAUGAUGAGAGAAAUCCCGGGGAGUACCCGUGGAAGAAUGCGGAGGUGAGGGUUUUUGGGUUCGAUGAGAGGUUUGUGGGGACGGAGGAGUGUUGGUUGUGGGAGGAGGAGGGGGAGGGGGGAGGGGCGGCGGCGGGGGGGUAUGGGCUUACGAGUACGGAGGUUGAGGGGGGGGAGGAGGAGGGGCGGUUGUAG